AUGUCCAUGCGGCGGACAACCACGUCCACCCUGGUGCUUGUCGCAAUCCUUUUCUUCGUCACAACCCUGUUCUCAGCCCACCCCUUGGUCUCAUCGACCACUACUUCCAAUGUUAUCACCAUCGGGCCUCUUCCUUCAAUCACCACUAAAACAUCCGUAACCACGACAACACCGGCCACUACCACUACAUCCACUGCUCGAGCAUCAAAAACAUCCAGUAUUACAACACCUACAACCAACUUCAUCCUUCCAAAGCCCACGCCCACAGCAGGCGGCAACGGAAAUUCAUCACUUUUGACGACUUGCCCGCCUCCACUGAUACCCAAUGUCAAUAACCUCGUCUCCUCAUCCUGCAUGGGAUCUUGCUGCAUGCCAUGUCCCGCGUCCUCUAUAUUCUAUGCACCCCAUCAAAUGGAAACGGUGCACACAGUAACAAGCGUCCUCAGGGCCAUCUCUGCAGCGGCCUGUAUGAUUCUGGCCGUGUCCUAUUGGACUCUACCCAGUCGGCGCAAACAUCCACAUCUGAUCGUAUGGCUACUCGCGAUCACCAUCGUGCUCUGGGAGGCUCUGGGAACCGUGUGGUUACAUAAGAAAGAAGAGCUGUUGUGCGAGAGCGCGUAUGAGGUUGCGAACAUGACCAAUUCAUGGCUUUGUGCAGUCCAAGGUAUUGGUAUCACGUAUCUGGUCCUAGUGAUUCUCUGGCUGGGGCUGUUGUUGAUCACCAACCUACACGUCUUGGCCGUCUACCGGUCCUCGAUUGUCCAGACCUACAUGUCCAGAUUUAUGGUGCUCGCCUUUUCCCUGCCCCUGGCCAUGGUCAUCCCCGUGGUGGUCAGGAAGGAAAUCAUGAACCCAGGAUUUGGCUCGAUUUGCUUUGUGGGCCCUAAUGUUGCGGACGCGUACUUUUUCAUCCCACUGUCUGUCAUCGUGUGCCUCGCGACGCUGAUGCAUCUGGGUACAAUCGGGUACAUGAUCAGGACGAAAGUCGAGGCUGGCAAGGACUCGUUCAGCCAGGGUAUUGCUAACCCACACCUGCCUGUCUCGACCAAGGAGCGACGUCUCCAAAUCUCACGCGACAUCUCCCUCUUCCUCAAGCAGCAAUGGCGUCCUGGUGUUUUCGCUCUGGGUCUGUUGUUCAUCGACAUGGUCUACUGGUUGUUUUAUUUCGUCGAGAGUAAAAAACUCAUGAACGUCGGACCCAAGGUCCCCUGGUUCCAGGACUGGAUCUCCUGUCUCGGUCAACAAACCGUUCUUGCCAUCAAGGCCGGCACCCUCUCCGCCAAGAACCCCACUCCGGACCAGAUCCAGGCGACAGGAGACUUUGCUCAAAUGUUCUGUUCUGGUAUCGCAAGACCCCAUGUACCGAACGCUGCCUGGGCUGCCCUGACAGAUAUUUUGCCAUCAAUAUUUGGGAUCGUGGUGCUGUUAAUUUUUGGAUCCAGGAUGGAACUGUGGCGGGACUUGAAGUCGCAUCUGUUCGGACAAAGUCGUCAUGAGGACGAUCAGGGUGGAGAGAACGGUGGCGGGGGCAAGUACAUGCUGGGCGAGGUCACCAAAGGAAACAGAGACAAGACCCUGGAAAAGCAGCAGCAUGUGCCUCCGAGACCCAUGCUCAGCAACAUCAGCCAGAUGCGUGAAGAGUGUCGCGCUGCUGAUCAGGAUCUUAGGAACCUCGACAACUUUUACAGCGAUCGGAUGAAUCCCACCGCCGCCAUGAGAACAGGCGCAGCCCAAGGAACCAUAUUCAUGGGCAAUUCUGGCGACCGUAAUCUCCACUCACCGACCCUGCGGGUCGAUACACCCGACCCAUGGAAACUCACGUCCUUACCGAAUUCUGUGCAGGAGAGCGAUCAAUACAGCCUUGUAAGCGGUCGCUCAUUAACACCCCAGCUCAAGAUCAACACGGAUUCAGUAUCCCAGCCCAGGUCGACAACAGAGUCGCAGAAGCGGUUCUAUAACACUGAGGACUUGCAGGCGUCACCCAUCAGUCUCAUUACCCCACCUCCACUGUACAUUCCUAAUAACAACAGUAACAAUAGCCGCGGAGUCUCGCCUACAUCCAGGGCCCACAACUUUCCGGAUCUGGACCCACAGCUGGCUGUAGUCGGGGAGGCAAGUCGCGUCCGUUUGGAUUACCGAUCUAAUUCGGAGAUACGCCAAUUCCAGUCCGAGGCACACUCCUUGUACUACCAACCGCAGCAGGCAAAACCGCAGCUUCUCUCCAGAGAUUCAUCUUUGCGUUCCAUGCGGGCAGCUUCGCCCGUGCCUGUCCGACCGCGCAAGAGCCUUGCUCGACGUUCAUAG